CAGAAAACAAAAAUUUUCACUUUCGGUGUGAGACGUUAACUUAUACAACUGAAUGGAUAUUUAGCGAUAGCACAGUCUUGCGGCGAAAAGUCUAAGACUCGAAGAGACUGAAAGAAAUUAUACGUAACACACUCUGAAAAAAAGGGACCUAAGAUGUCCUGCCAACGUUUCCAAGAUUUUGAGAUCAGUUUGCAAGACCCACGAUUCUCUAGGUACUACUCUCUAUCCUUACAUUUUGAUAGCAAUAGUUUACAUUGUUAAUGACGAUUAUAUUUUUUACUUGCUAUGUUUCGUUUAACAGUUUUUUUCUCUUUGUCUUUCAACGGUCCUACUUCCUUGAAAGCGAUUAUGCAUCAAAUAAUCGAGAAUGUAAGUGAGUUUAUUUAUUUUGCAAUGACGGGUAAAAACAUUAUCUGUUCACAAAAUCAAACUGCCAGGGUCAAUAAAUAAAGCUGAAUUCACAUCCGCCGAUACGAGAUAAAUUCAUACAAACUUCGAGUUCACUUUAACAUGAUAUGGAACGGGCGGAAUUUUUGGCGAACAAAACUACUUCUAUAUAGUAAACAUAAUACUGAAUAAAGUUCUGUGAUUGUUAAGUUUCACAAUCCACAACACUGAGAGUCAACUACUUGGACCCGCUGUAAAAAAAAAACAUCUCAGUAUGUGGCCGGGACCGAAUCCUUCGAAAUGACCAUGUGAAAACCUCCAUCUCUGUUAAACAAACGUAGAAGUUGAAGAACUUUCUCAGUUUUAAAGAGGAAAACAGAAUACCAAUAAAUCAAUGCCUGCAUGAUCAAGCGUUAAAAGAUAUGAAUGUUUUAUUGACUUUAUAUGAAAAGUCGUCUGGACUGACUGACAGCUCAAGCUGUUCUCGCAGAAUCGAAGGUGAACGAUUAAAAUUUUUUACGUACACGGUGAAUACACUUGUACGUUAGACAAUAGUUUCGUGCUGUAUCAACAAAUUUGCCUCAGAAUUACCAUAAACUCAUUUUGUUCACAUUGGUAUCUGGCACAGAAUAAAAAGCUACAGUAGCUCAUAAUACAUAAUCUCAGACCGUACGGUUAUUUUCAUCAAUAUACAAUCUCAGCUGAAAACUCCCCUUUGCAAAAUUACAAACUUUAAAUAAUAAUAAUAAUAAUAAUAAUAAUAAUAAUAAUAAUAAUAAUAAUAAUAGUAAUAAUAAUAAUAAUAAAAGUUAGUGAUCACAUCAAAAGCAAAUAGAAAACAAAGCAUUGCUCGUUAGAAUACAAAGUAGAAUCGAAUGUUCUCUUAACUUGUUAUUACGAGAACUUAAUCAAACAAAUCGAAGAUUGAUUCACAACACUGUUGCACAAAACAGUUGUCACUGCGGAACAAAAAUGACAAGACAACAAUAAAGGAUUCAAUAAAAUAAAUUCUUUACAUGUUUUUCUUUUAACUAUUUUAUCUCAUAGUUCCUUUUCUUCUUUGUCUUUUCAAUAUGCGUACCUUUGUCUUUUCAAAAAACGUAGGUACUUGAAGUAGGAAAUUAUCCUAAAGAUACUGCAGUCUCACAACUAUAGUUGUGAACAACGACGUUCUCACAAAUAAAAAAAUUCAGACGAGAUUCAGCACAUUCAUGAACAAAAAAAAGUAAGCAAUCGUCCUUAGUCGGAGUCAAAAAUUUUAAUUAGUGUAUUCUUUUACGGUUCAGUGCCAACUAAGCGACAAAUUCAGUGCGAUUUAUUCUCGACUAUAACUGAUCGGUGCUCUACUGUAAAGUGAAUUUCACGUUUUUAGAAUUCCACGAACGUUUCGAACGUUACCGUGUUUAUCAGUGAAAACGAAAAACUAUUAAAAAGGCCGUUGUGACCGAGACACGGAAUGCUUGCGAGAGUGCUUGCGAGAUUAUCUAAAGGAAUAGUUAGGUUGCAGGUUCGAAUCAUUGGGAGUUUCAAAAAACGGAGGAUUCCACUGGAAAUCGGAAUUCUACUGUACAGUUUCUUUCAAAAGGGUGAGGAGCAUUUAAUUCUGAAAGUCUCUUAGUUUGUUUUUAAAGCAAUUUUAGUUUUAAAUAACUCUAGAUCUGGAUUGUCCACAAGGAAAACAAUAUAGAGUUAUCGGCCGGCCAUUUUCCAUUAUAAAAUGGAAAAUGCUUAAUCAUGAAAAAUGGAAUCAACGACUUCCUUAAACCACAGUGUUUACAGCCUUACUUUCGAAGGCGAUAUUGAUGGAAAAUGGUACAAAGUAGAGCAGGUUAGCUAAGAAUCUAAAAACUAGUAAUGAAUGAAAUGUCUAUUAGUGUUGUUGCGAAUGCACGCAUGGGUUUUUUUUUAAUCAAGUAUAUUCCAAAACUUGUGAUAAUUUCGGCGCAAUUAAAACAGUUGCCAAGCUAAGUUUGUUGUUGGGAUAAGUGUAUGAAAAAUUUGGGGGCUGCGCUCCCGGCACAAGUUCGUCGGUAGUACUAAGUUGGAUUUAUUUAUUUAUUUAAAUCAGGAAAUUUACACACAAUUUUAACAGCAGCUAAAAGAAAAAAAGAAUCAAAAGAAAAAAAACGAAAGCUAUGAAGAGACUUGGUUACGUGUCAUGUGUGUGCGUGUGCGGUGUCGAGAAUAGCAGGAGGUGAUAUUUCCAUUCUUUCUUAAACUUACUAUAUAGAGGACACUUAAAUCUUGAACCAGAGAAUUUAAAAGAACUUUUUUACUUAAAUUGGUGAAUACUCUCGGUCUAAAAAGUUAGGUUUAUUCGCAAAUUUUGUACUGUUAUAAUUGUACAUAUGAGAGAACAAAGUUAGGACACCAAGGAAGACAUUUGCAAUGCUAUCGGUUUCAUUCUCAAUCUUAUGUGUAACUAAGGCAGCAUAUUUUUAAGUUAUCCAUAUUCAAGACAUAUUAUCUAUACUAAUCCAACAAUUCCUAAGACCUUGCAUUAAAUCGGGACCGGCACUUUACCUAACAUGUGCAAAGAAGAUGGUUUCGCAGACACUUAGUUUGCUUAAGAGUACAAUUUAGUCUGGUACUGCUGGCACAGCCCCAGAAAAUAAUUUCAUAGCUUAAAUACGGAUAUAUCAAAGCACAAUAUAUUUGUUUCAGCAUAUUAAAAGAGAACAGCGAAAAGCCUAUCGCUAUCAUAGGUAACAUCUAAACAUGGAUGAGUUGUUAGAUUCGAUGCAGACAUUUUCUAACCAAUAAGAAUUUUGGAUUUUUUCGUGUUCGAUACGUCACGGACCCCUUCAACUUGUCUCAACUUGUAACUUAUGGGAAGUAAACACAAUGAAUGAACUCCUUUUAAUUGGUCAGUUAAGAACUGAUUAAACCAAUGGGAAAUCUCGCCUGAAACUUGUCUAAGACACGUUUUUAUGUUAUGUUAACUAAGUUAGAAGAGGACAUAAAAGCUUCUGGUUGAUAAGGAUUUGUCAUCACUGUGUCAUUCAUCAUCCAGUGACUACAGCCUUUCAACUACAAGGUUGGUAUUCAGUAGUAUGUUAUCAAAGCAGUCUCUAGCUUUUUUAUCGGUCUACUUAUAAUUAUACUAAGAGUUCGAUUUUGUUCGUUUUUUUGUUAGGAAAGUAAAGAGUAAGAAUUAUUUUUAAAACCGUAUUUUGGUUUGUUUUUUUCGGCCUAGAUGGGCACGUCCAAAAAUUUCCCUUUUCCGAGUCUCUUGACUACGUGGAAGAUAUAUUUUUGUACAAGAUUUAAUACAAAGGGGAAUAGUCUCUUUUAACGUGGUAUAAGUCACUUCAUAUUACAAGGCUGAGUGAUAAAGAUAGCAAUUACUGAGAGCAGGCGAUUGGAUGAACUUUGAGUCUGUUCAUGUUUUCGCAGAGUUUACAAUCAUGCAAUCCUAUGUGAAGAUACCGCUGGCCACUACGUUAAGCUUACUGCUGUUACUACUGAUCACCUUUUGUUCUGCAAACGACAACAGCAGCAAACCACGUGAAAAGGUGAGUUUGUUUAAUGAAACAUUAAGCAAUCGGGAGGUUUUCAGUUAAUGUAAAUUGUGGUAAGAUAAAUGAAAAGUGAUACACCUGAACUAGCUUUUUACCUACAAGGAUCAAAGGAAAUGGUUGACUUAUAGAUUGUCAGAAUGUUUGUCCAAAAUGAGAGUUUCUGCGUUCUUUUCCAUCUAAACAUUAGAAAAUAUUUCAAGGAAUAUUUAAGGAUGUUUAAGCAAAACAAAUUGGUCCUAUAGGGUGAUAAUGUAUGUUGCCUUUUAAGACUUUUACUAUUCUUUUAGAGUACACGUCAGCAGACCUCAUUAUAUGGUUCAUGUGGUCAUGGUGGGUGUUUCUGUGCACCAGGAAUUCCAGGCAUCCCAGGAAGCCCUGGACCCGCGGGAACAGCAGAUGUUGCGGGAUCACCUGGCAAUCAUGGACCUGAAGGACCCAUGGGCCUACGAGGAAACAAAGGCGAUGAAGGGGCCCGUGGAAGACAGGGACCACCAGGUCCCAAAGGAAUUAAAGGCCCCGCAGGCCCAGCAGGUCCACCCGGUAACAAAUGUGAAGCAGGUCCUCGUGGAAAUCAAGGUCCCCCUGGUCCUAAGGACCUCAAGGACCCUCAGGUUCAGCUGGUUCUCCUGGAAACAAGGGUGAUACAGGCGCUCGUGGAAGUCAAGGUCCCCCAGGUCACAAGGGUGCUCCAGGAUCGUUUGGUCGUAAUUGGAAACAGUGCGUUUUUAAGAACCUGAACGAUGGAAGGGACUCUGGAUUGAUAAAGGUAAAGACUCAGUUUGCAGUUAUAGAUCAGUGAAGUCAACCUAAGGUAAGUGAGUAAGUAUUUGAAUAUUUGAGUUAUGUAAACUUCAAUCAUGGAAAAAGAUUUAAAUUAAAUCCGGGAAUUAAAUACAGUAAGUCGAAAACGUAUAUCCGCCUUCAAAUAAUUUCUCUUUGCUAAAGCUAUAUAAUGUUUUAGUAGGAUCUUUUUUCUAUUGUUAUUUUCACAGGAAUGUACUUUCAAGAAAAUUUCCGACAAGACAGGGCUGCGUGUCUUCUGGAGUGGUGUUCUUAGAAUUCAUGGCUGUCAUGGAUGUUGUAGGCGAUGGUAUUUCACCUUCGAUGGCGCAGAGUGUUCAGCUCCAUCAGCCAUUGAAGGUAUAGUCUACAUGGAAAAUGGAAAACUUAAAAAUUUGCACCGUGUCCGUCACAUCGAAGGAGUCUGCGAGAAAAUCCACAAGGGUACUGUUCGCGUAGGAUUCUGGGUAGGAAGCUGUGCCGGUGUGAAAUCUGCUGAUGCUUACACAGGCUGGAACUCACUGUCCCGGAUAUACGUGGAAGAAGUACCUCCCCCACAGGCUUAAUAACAGCAGAUUCAGAUUUCUUUUCUAAACAAGGGUUAUUAAAAAGCUGACUCUAGGCAGAUUUUUUAAAGGUCUAGAGAAUAAAAUGAAGUAAAAAACCAUUCAUACGCUUAUUUGUGAAAG